GCAAGAGCCUCUCAGUUGUGUUUGGUUGUAGGUUUAUUAUGUCGGUAAAGUAGUGCGUAAGUGUACGUUACACACCGAUACACAUACACACGUUUCGUUUUGAAAGUCGUGGUGGUAAAUAGUAGUAGUCGAUGUUUACUAUUUCGUAAUAGAAGUGCAUGGUAGAGGUUGUGCCACGCAAAAUGACCGUAAUGAUUCUUGGAUAGGUUAGAACUCGAGGUGUUGUGGCCGCAAAGAACGGUACUUGCGCUUAAAGGGGGAAAAAAAAAAUAAAAUACAAUGAAUGAACAGUAACAGAGCUUGUCGAUUUUCAAAAUGGGGCACCUGGUCGUCAUACGGAACAGACGAUCAGGAUGUAUUUUUAGAACGGAAACUGACUCGCAAACGUCGAAAUUGUAAAAUGCGAUGAUCGUUAACAGUAAACUUCAACUACUACUUUCAAAAUUAACGUUCGUAACACCUUUCUGGCAACCCUUAUUCUCUAAACUCUGCAAAAUUGCCCAGUUUCAUAAAGUUUAGCUGUUGCUCUCAUGAUCGGUAUAGGCCGCGGCAUUAUUGGUAAACAAUGGAAAGCGUGAUCAUGACAUCACCAGGUGGUAGUGCGAGAUUAAAAUCCCGGCUUCGAAAUGCCGCCUCGAAUUUUUUCUCCAGGAGUUCGAAGAAUCGGUCUUCGGCUCCGAAAAACAACCAUGCAAUCGGUCACAAAUCCACCAAGACCGGGUUCCACGGUAACUUUUUCAAAAAGAAAUCGUCACCAAAACAAAGUGCAAAUACUAAUGCCUCUGACGGCAUAUCUAACUGCAUCCCUAUCGAUAACGAAAAGCCCGAACAAAAGGAGGUAAUGAUCUACCGAGGAAAUUUUACUAGAGAAGUAUAUAAUGUCAUCUGUAAUCGCUUAGGUCCAACAGCGAACAUUCCCGGGGAAUCGGUGCAAAUGUUGUUCAAUGAUAUGAAUCUUUAUCCGUCCAAAUCACAAGUGUCAGAAAUGUUGCAAUGUGCAAGACAGUGUAGUAGAAGAAAUGGUUCUCCUUUUCUAACGUUCGGAGAAUUUUGUCUUUUCGCCAGAGAGCUUAAGCGGCCUGAAAUCUACAGAAAAUCGAAACAACAACAUAAACAAAACGAUGUAUCUUCGAAAAAUUGUGAAGUCUUUCUCGGUGGAUCGUGUAAUCCAACGACAUGGCGAACUGAUAUAGCAAUUCCGGAGUUACAGAAGUAUGGGAUAUCGUAUUAUAAUCCACAAAAACCAUUCUGGAGUCCGGAACUGGUUUCGGAAGAGCACGAUGCCAAACAGUCUGCAUCGGUUCUUUUAUAUGUUGUCGAAAGUCAAACAAGGAACGUAGUGGGAAUGAUGGAAGUUGCCUAUUUGAUGGCAUCAGAUCGCUGCGUUGUUCUAGUUAUCUAUCCUUAUCAAUUUGGACAGAGCAUAAUGGGUGAACAACUCUCCAAUAGGGAAUAUGUAGACUUGGUGGAGGGUCAAACAACGUUGAUUGCCCUUGUGAAAAGUCAAGGGGUUAGAGUUCACGAAAACUUAUCGUCUGCCCUACAACACACUGCUAGUCUUCUUAGAAAUUCUUCGUGUAAUGGAAUGUCUGCAGAAGCCAUGGUAACGUACAAGCUAAGGAGGUUGAGAGAGAUCUUUGAUUCCUAUGACAAUAACAACAAAGAAGAGUUAACUUUGAACGAUACAAUGGACGCGUUCCAAAGGUUGACAAAUAAACGUUUGAAAGCGUCGGAUUUGUACAGUUAUCUGAACAUCCGGAAUUCCACCGAUCCAACAAAGUUUCGAAUCUCAUUCGAGCAUUUCUGCGCCAUAGUGGCCGAGUUCAGUUCGUCAGGAGGAUGUAGCACCAACGGCUUCAUUUAUGAUUGGACCCAUAACAUUUUGAAUAGGCAAUGUUCUCCUCCUAGUAGUAAUAGUCCUCACAGCAACCCGUCGCAUAACAAUAACAGUUCAGUGCUUAAGGGGGCGCCAACGUGGGAGAGCAAUUAUUUAGUUGAUGUGUGUUUAGGGGGUUCCUUCAGGACGCAGCAUUCGUGGCGAGAACAGGUGGCCAUCCCGCUCCUUAAAAAACACGGACUAACGUAUUACAAUCCGACUGUUAGGGAAACGAGCCAUAACAGUAGGGAUUUGGGGGGUGAAAAGGAGAACGUGUUCGCGAAUGGUGGAAAGUACGAAAGUUCGGUGUCCGAGAGUGACAUUUUGGAGUGGGUGCGCGUUAUGAAUCGUAGUAAAGUGUUACUUUUCGUUAUCACCAAUGAUACCAAGUCUCUCUCAAGUAUGAUUUUGGCCGCACAUUACGUGGGACUGGGUAGGGAUGUUGUCCUGUGUAUACAACAACUUCCCCAACAGGAGUGCCGGCUUGGAAACGAAACGAUAACGGAUCAAGCUGUGAAAGAUUACAAUCGUGGAAGGGUAUAUUUGCGGGAUUUUGCCAAAAGGAAACAAUUACCAGUAUUCGAAAACAUCACCGAAGCAGUACAAUUCACAAUCGAGAAAUGUCAGAGUAGGUAGAAAUAACAAUAAGUAAAAAGUAAGUCAUGUGAAACGUCAUCUUGUCUUUAUUACCUCAUGUUAAUUAUUAUUGAUUGUAUUUAUAAAUGAAAUCACCUUAGUAAUUGAUGAGUAUACGGGAAUUUUCUGUCGGCCUAUCAGUCAAGUCAGAUUUGUAUAUACAGAAAACUACCAAUUGUCUUAUGCUCUCUUUUUGUGGCUGAUUACGUUCCGAAAAUAUUACAAAGGGUCAAAAGCUCCAACGUUAUUGAAAGUGAAAACAGAGAAUUCCUAACCUUUUUCUACGUUUUAUUUAUUUAUUUUUGUUUUGUGUAGACAAUAUUGAAGAAACUACGAGAGCUAUUUUUGUUGCUUUGGUUUAAAACUCUUGCAUUCUAGUGUAUGAGUUGUUUUUGUUACUAGUUUCAUUUUCUUUUUUUUUUUGUUAAUAUAAUCGAAGGAGAUCACGUCCAUUUUCGAAUUUUACAAAAUUUCAUUGAAGACCACGUUUACAUUGCUUAAACAGUUACUUAUUUAUAAUUAUAUUAAUUAAUAGUCACGUUAUUUACAGUACAUUCCAAAAUAAACCUAACAUAGUAUUCCACU